AUGUCGACUCUCAAACGCAAAUCCCGCGGUGACACCCCAGAAGAAGUUUACAAUAGUGCUAAACAUCGCAAAUCUACCAUCGAAGCUCGCGUUGACCCAACUACCGGACAGCGCAGCGCUCUCCCCGGCCUCGACGACCACGUCUUGCAGUAUUCUGAUGAUGGGGACUUUGAUUAUGACAAUAAUAUGGACGCGCUGGCGUAUUUAAGAGCUGUCAGGCAAGAAGCUACCGGAAUCCCGAAUCUGCUCGUCGCACCUAGAACACCCCUGCUGAGCACCAACCGCGACAUCUAUGAGAACGGCGUGGGUGAUUUCAGGGGAUACUAUGAGGACGGCGCGUAUGUCGCGCAGUCGGUCGAGCCUGAAGUUCUGGAAGAAGAGGACACGCAACUGGCGUAUUUCGACUCCAUUCUCAGACGCUACGAAACCCUGCGCGAUCAACUCGAACAAAUUCCGCCCAGGGAAGCCAUUGAUAGACUGGGACUGGAUCACCCGACAUAUGUUGAGCGCAUGAACAAGACUUUGACCCAGUGGUGGAUUCGCAAGAUGAAGACGCUGAAUCCGAGGCCGGCGCAGAUUGCUUGUUUCGAUAAAGGUUCUGUGUUGCGGUUGUUGAGGCUGAUGACGCAGGGAACGCUAUUGAAGAGAAAUCUUGGGUUGGAAGCAACGAUGAGUCGGUGGGUAUGGAGUUUACUUGCAAAAUUACCCGAAAGAGGCGAGUUGUCAAGUGAGGAGAUUGGGGUGGUGAGAGAUUUGGGAAAGAAAGCUGUGCUUGUUGCUAUUGGGUUAAGGGGUCAGAAACAGUGGGAGGAGGAAAUUGGGGAGGUGGAUGGAGCUGUUGAUGGAGGUGAAGAUGGAGGUGAAGAUGAGGAGGAGGAAGGCGAGAUUGCCAACGAGGACGAGAUUGCCCUGGAUAUGGACGACGAUGCUGAUGAUGAAGGUGUAAAGGCUGCCAUCCCACUAGACCCAAGCGGCACCGGUACCCACAACCAACACGCACGAGAACUCUCGAUGCAAGAAGAAGGCAAACUCACCGCCGAGUCCCUGAUUUUACCUAUCCAACAAGAAGCAUAUAUCGCCACUGAAAGCAUCGAAAACACAGACGGCCUUGCAGAAACCAAGGCUCGGGUGCUCGCUCGGUGGAAAGAGCAAUGCGCUACGGGAGAACUGCCUACAACUCAAAUAUCCAUGAUCGGGCCUGUCCAACCAGAGAAAGCCGUUCCAGUAGUAGAUGCAAACUCAAACGCGAAAGCCACAGUCGAUAUGAUCAUCACUGUCGCAGGAGAAUUCUACGGACAACGUGAUCUGUUAGAAUUCAGAGGAGGAUGGGCGGAUAUCGCGUAA